UUAUUGCAAUUUUGUUUUGAGUGAAAAGUUAGCGUAGCAUAGUAGCGUAAGUUAACAACAAUACGCUUCGACUUCAAGUCUGCAUUGCUAAUAUAAACAUUGAAUUUCCUCGAGUUAAGUGUCAUGAAUUUCUCUUGAAAUAUAAUUAAUCUCUGGAGUUGAGGUUUAUUCACAUCUCACGAUGUUGAAUAAAGCAUUAGGAUUUGCUAAUGAAUUGCUUUUAUCAUUUACUGUCUUGAUUACCACUGCUGCUUGUAGUUUGAGUAAUGAUGCUUGCUUUGAGCUUGGACUUCGUAGGACUGAUCUUCAAUGCACAUGGUGUGAGAAAUUAGUUCAGUUCAAUUUAGAUGAUAUUUUAAAAGACAGCUGUCUUGAAUGUUGUGCGUUAAAGGCUGAGAAGGAAGCUGUCAAAAAAUAUCCGCAAGCUCGACUUGAAGUUUGUGGAUGAAAAAUUGGGCACUACCCACAAAUUCAAGCAUUUGUGAGGAGUGAAGCCCCAAAUGAAUUCCCUGGUGUCUCUGUCAAAUAUGUACGAGGGGCUGAUCCAGUCAUAAAGCUGCUGGAUGGAGAUGGCAACACACAGGAAGAGCUCAGCAUUCAAAAGUGGGACACUGACACCAUUAUAGAAUUUCUCAGAGAGCAUAUGGAAUAAAAGCUGUUUUGAUCCAUAAAAAAUGAACAUUAUUUAUUAAACUUUGUAUUCAACUGUUUUUAAUCAACAAACAUCCUUGGAAUUAUGCAUAGAGGCAAGCUUUCCUGAAAAGAAUUUGGAGCUGCAUACUUGUAAGUCAGAUAAUUAAUGAUGAUUGUUCAAUAAACUGUGUAAGCAGUUUGAGCAGUUGGAUGUCAAUAUCUGAUGAAAAUAGGAUGUAAAUUUCCAAUGCUUUUUUUUUAGUUGAGCGCUCUGUGUGUUUUUCCAAAUAUGUUUGUUUGCUUAAAAAGUGGAAUUUCAAUAUUUGAUUGUUAUAAUAAAUAUUUUUUACACAACCUG